AUGAUAUUUGAAAUAAAAUUGUUUAUAAAAUUUUUAAAGACAGCUGUGUGUAGAGAAGAUAGUUCAAUUGAAUGUUAUGAGUUAACUGAUCCAAGACCAUCAACUUAUACACACUAUCAAACAUACAUUGAUGAACAUCCUAAACAUAAAAUAGUCAAAAAAAAUAGUCAAAAAGGAAAGUUAAAAAAACAAAAAUCAAAAAAACAAAUCAUUCCACACAAAAAAACUGUUGAUAAUUUUUAUUACAGAGAAAAUGAAAGAAGUUUUGUUGAUUCUUCUGAUUUUUGUUUAAAAAGAAGUUCUUCAUUUCCAACAUCAACAAGUAGUGUUAAAAUUAAAACAAAACCUGUUUACAAAGAAUCGGUUCAUAAAAACAAUUCAAUUGGAAGACAAACAAGAUCAAGUGGUGGUUUAAAAAGAAGAUUUUUUAAUUUUGAUGAAGAUUCUAAAAAUUCUUCACUUACUGAUAGAAAUUGUUUUAUCACUAAUAAUGUUAGUCCUGGUAAAAAUAAUAACGAUUCUAUUAUAGAUAUGGAUCAGUACAUUAAGAGCAAUGUAUUUUAUAGAUAUUCUACAGUUCAAAUAUUAAUUGAUGUUUUUUUAGUUAUUGGUUUCUUAAUAUUAUUAGUAUUUAUGAUUAAAUAUUAUUUAAUAAAUUUAAAGUAA